CCCUUUCCAAGAUGUUUCCUCGUUUUCCCCUUUCAAAUCUGUACUUCCUUCCUAUUUAAAAAAACAAUAAACAAUUAUAUGUUUAUCUUACCUUCUCCUUCCCCAUUUGACUUCUUCAACCCCCCUUUGUUGAAACUCGAGACUUCAUUGACCAAAACCCCACCUUCCCCCUCAGCUGCCUCCUUCAACCUUCAAAAUCUCUGUUUUUCACCCUUUUCUCAAAAUCCCAUUUUUCUGAUCAAGAUUUUCAUGUUUAUGACUUGAUACACCCUUCUUUUGCACCCAUAUUCAUAUAAUUUUUUUCUGAUCCUGAAAUCCCCAAGAUGAACAAUCUGUUCUCAGGCUCCUUCUCUCGCUUCCGGAGCGAAGAGGCGUCCCCUGAUCACCUUGUAAUCGAGAUGACUCAGUCCUCCUGCACCUCUGGCGGUGUUAACCUCGACAAGUUCUUCGAAGACGUCGAGUCCAUCAAAGACGAGCUCAAAGAACUCGAGAGGCUAAACGACGACCUUUCAGCGUCUCACGAGCGAAGCAAGACGUUGCACAAUGCGAAAGCCGUGAAAGAAUUGAGAGCAAAGAUGGAUGCUGAUGUAGCCAUGGCCUUGAAAAAGGCCAAGCUCAUUAAGGUUAGGUUGGAAGCGCUUGACCGCUCCAACGCUUCUAACCGGAGUUUACCUGGCUGUGGACCGGGUUCUUCUUCGGACAGGACGAGGACGUCGGUUGUGAACGGGCUGAGAAAGAAGUUGAAGGAUUCUAUGGAGAGUUUUAAUGGGUUGAGGGAAAAGAUCUCGUCAGAGUAUAGAGAAACUGUUCAAAGAAGAUAUUUCACGGUUACAGGAGAAAACCCAGAUGAGAAAACUCUUGAUCUUUUGAUUUCAACAGGAGAGAGUGAGAGUUUUUUGCAAAAAGCCAUUCAAGAACAAGGGAGGGGCAGAAUUUUGGACACCAUCAAUGAGAUUCAAGAAAGGCAUGAUGCUGCUAAGGAUUUGGAGAAGAAUCUCAAGGAAUUGCAUCAAGUUUUCUUGGACAUGGCGGUGCUGGUUCAGGCUCAAGGAGAGCAAUUGGAUGAUAUCGAGAGCCAUGUGAAUAGGGCUAAUUCAUUUGUGAGAGGAGGAACUGAGAGGCUUCAAACAGCUAGGAAUUACCAGAAAAACACCCGGAAAUGGACUUGUUAUGCUAUCAUACUGUUGCUGGUGAUCGUCUUAUUUGUGGUGUUGUUCACUGUUAGACCAUGGGAAAACAAUGGCGGUGGCGGCGGCGGUGGUAACAACAAUCCAACAUCAACCCCACCAGCUCCACCUACUGCUUGACCUUAGGUUGACAUGUUAGCUAUGCAGUAUUGUUCAUUGAGAUUUCGAGAUUUUGCAUCUUAUUAUUUCUUUGGAUUGGUUUAUAGAUUCUUCCGUGUAACUAGUUUUUUUGGUUGAAUUCUUUUCCGUUUUCUUUGUUACUAUUACAUAUAAUUUACUGUUUAUUAAAUGAAAUAGUGUUCCAUUAUAUUAUAUUA